AUGGCCACUUGGAGGAAGCGUAAAGUCGUCAAAAAGGAGGACACGAAAUUAAAAGAAGAAUCUUCCAAGUGCCACUUCAGGUACUGCCCUCACGACUGCCUCGCUGUUGAUCCUUCCAAACCCUUCCACUAUAAGCGACAGGAGCUUUGCCGGCCAUUUCCAACCCCUCAUCUAAAUCCAGCUGCCAGUUUAAACAAACUCCCAACGCUCUUUCUGAUCUUCUACCCUCUCCGCACUUAUCUGACUUUUAACCCUCAAAAGGGGUUCAGGAUAAAAUAA